GCGUUUCUGUGUGUCUGCGCGAGGGCAGGAGCUGCUCAGCCCGCCAGCUAGCUGCCUGCCUGCCUGCCUGCCUUCCUGCCGUCUCCUCUGGGCGUGCUCAGCCGGCGCCGCCGGAUGGGAGGGAGAGAAGAAGGCUGAGCGGAGCUCCGGAGAGCAGCUCUCAUCCGGCUGGGCGAUGGCCGCAGCCCCGAUCCUGGGUCUCCUGCUUCUGUCUCGGCUCUACUCCCGAGGAGACACCGCGGGGCUCGGCCGGGCGGGGGCUGAGAGCCAGCAGGAGGCGGAGAAGUUCCUUAGAAAAUAUGGCUACUUUGGGUCCAUGCACCGAGGGUUGGAUCCAGCUGAAUUCUCAGAGGCCAUUAGGGAAUUCCAGUGGGUGUACCACCUGCCCCCCAGCGGUGCCCUCGACGCCUCCACCAUCCGCCACAUGAGCCUCCCCCGAUGCGGCGUGAAUGACCUAGACAGCCGAUCCGCAUGGAAGGACCGGGUGGAUUCGAUGCUUUUGGGAAGGGCGGUCAGGAGGAGGCGCCGGAAACGGUUCUCUCAUCAGAGUGGCAAAUGGUACAAGCGACACCUGACUUACCGAGUGGUGAACUGGCCCCGGUACUUACCUGAGCAUCAGGUGCGCCAGGCAGUGAAAGCAGCCUUUGAGCUCUGGAGCAAUGUCUCCUCUUUGGUUUUCUGGGAGGCUGCGGGGGAUCCCGCCGACAUCCGCCUGACCUUCUUCCACGGGGACCACAACGAUGGUGUGGACAAUGCCUUUGAUGGACCAGGGGGCGCCCUGGCACAUGCCUUCUUCCCCCGCCGGGGCGAGGCUCACUUCGACAACGACGAGAGGUGGUCGCUAGACAGCGGGAAGGGGCGCAACCUCUUUGUGGUGGUGGCGCAUGAAAUUGGCCACACGCUGGGCCUGGAGCACUCCCCUGUGCGCAGUGCCCUCAUGUCCCCUUACUACAAGAAGCUGGGCAAGGAUUUUGUCCUGAACUGGGAUGACAUCCUGUCCGUCCAGAACUUAUACGGCAAGCCUCCCCGGGGGUCUGUGGUCCAGCUCCCAGGAAAAUUAUUUGCUCACUUCCAGGACUGGAGCCAGGAUCUUGAAGGCACUGAGCACCAGGGCGGUGACCACAGUUCUCAUUACUGCUGGUCAUUCUUUGAUGCCAUAACCAUGGACCUGGAAGACAAUCUCUAUAUAUUCAAAGGCGGCCAUUACUGGAUUGUAUCCAAAGGAGGUAACGCUACUGGUCCAGACUUGCUCCGAGCCAUGUGGCCGGGGCUCCCGUCCACCAUUGAUGCUGCGGCCUUCUCUGAGGAAGAUGGGAAGUUCUAUUUCUUCAAAGGUGGCCGAUGCUGGCGCUACAAAGGCUCUUCCCUGGACGCCGGCUUCCCCCAGAAGUGCAGCAGCACUGGGGACCUCCCCCGACACCCCGACACAGCGCUCUAUUUCCAGCCCCUCCACCAUCUGGUUCUUUUCAAAGGUCCCAAAUACUACAUGGUGAGGGGAGAGUCCCUCCAAGUGGAGCCGUACUACCCCAGGAGCCUGAAAGACUGGGGAGGGGUGCCUGCCAUGGCGAACGGCGCUCUCACGCGUCACGACGGCUUCGUUUACUUCUUCCGAAAUGACCAGUUCUGGAAAUUCAACCCAGAUACGCUGAGGGUGGUGGAAAGUGGGAAAUGGGCCUCCCAGCUAGGGUGGCUGGGUUGUCAGGAUGCGGCCCUCAACCAGGCGGUGGUCUGAGCUUCUGCAGAAAUUUCAACGGCUUUCAUAACAAACUUCCCAAAGUCCAGAACUCGGUUCAGCGUUUGAGGGUCAGGUGCUUGAUGGUGUUGGAAGUUGACCUUUCAUUUUGUCGCAAGUGGACUUUUGUUUCUUUUUUAAAGGAGUAAGUGAAGCCUAAGAGAAUACCUCUUGAUGCAAAAGAAGAAGAAGAAGAAGAGUUUGGAUUUGAUAUCCCGUUUUAUCACUACACUAAGGAGUCUCAAAGCGGC